AGAGCCAGAGCAGCAUGAGUCCGAUAAUAAACCCCAAUCUAGAUGAGAAGGCUCUUCUACUCUAUUACAUCAUGCUGCGUCUCAACAGCAUAACCGCUUCUGAAUAGAUGUGUCAUUUCUACUUAUCUUUUAAUGGCCAAUCCGGGACUUAAGUUAGGUCAUAUCCUGUGAGGUUUUAGUGAACUAUUAAGUUAGCUUUUGGGGUUCUGGCAGAGACGAUCGGAGGCUGAGCAUCAGCAUGUCGGUGCACUUCGAGGAGAGGAGUGGCGUUGUCCCCUGCCCUACCUCCUGGGGGUCGUGGUACCAGACCAUGGAAGAGGUCUUCAUCGAAGUGAACGUCCCUCAGGGCACAUCUGGGAAGGAGGUGAAAUGCACUCUGGGCUCAAGACAAGUUGAACUGCAUGUCAAAGGAAAGGAGAUCUUCAAGACUCUUAAGGGAAGGCUUUACGACAGCACCGUUUCUGAUGAGUCGACAUGGACAUUGGAGGAUAAGGUCCUGAUUCGCAUCGUCCUCAUGAAGACAAACCGGGCGGCCGGGAACUGCUGGCCCUCCCUUUUAGAGGGGGAGUACUGCGCAGACGCAUGGGUCCAGGAUCAGAUGCAGAGGAAGCUGACCCUGGAGAGGUUCCACAGAGAGAACCCUGGAUUUGACUUCAGUGGUGCAGAGAUUUCUGGGAACUUUGCUGGCGGUGGACCCGACUUCUCCAGCUUGCAGAAGUAACCAUGAAGGUGUCGGAAGUGGUUUGAAACUAUUUGCAGGCGACGUGCUCCGUCAAGCAAAAACAUGGACAGAUACCUGCAUUUCCCAUCUGACAUUAAUAUCGUCAGACGCUGCCUUUAUAUAUAUAUGUGGGAUGCAUUUACAAUGGGCAACUCAUUGCCAUUUAAAUAAAUACAGGAAUUGUAAAUAAAGCUAGGUUUAAGUAGGUAAAUGAAAUCAAUACUGUACAACCAAAUGCUUUUCAAUAGGUUUUUUUAUUGAAAGGUCCAAGUACAUGGGUCAUCCAGAUGAACUAUUUUCAAGUGCGAUAAUCAAAUGCCAAAUCCAAAAGUUUUUCUCUCCAUCUCUUCACAAAUUAAAAUCCAUUCAAAUAA